AGGGAACAAGAUGAUUAUAUGGAGGUUUUUUUCCGGUUUAAAUUGAAUGGAUACAUCAUUAGAACAUUUGAAUGAAUGGGAUUUAGAAUGUUGCACUUUAUAUAGAUAUAAUAAGGGAGAAAUAAGGGUGAAAGAAGGGCCAGGACAUAGUAUUUUAAGGAUGGAAGAUAUUGGUGAAGAGAUAGGGGAUUUAAGUUCAGAAAAAGAGGGAAAAGAAGGGUCGUUUAAGGAGGAGAUAUUUGAGUUUUCAUCAAAGGAAGAGAGUAGUUCAUGUUCAGAUGAGUUUUUAUUUGAAAAGUAUUUGAAUAAGAGUGAUGAAAGAGGUGUGAAUGAAAGCGAGGAGAGUUAUAGUUUAAUAAAUUUUGGAAUGGAGAGUAUUUUGGAAAAUGAGGGUCUAAAGAAGGAAGAGAAGUUAGAAGAUGAAUCGAAUUCUAGUUCAUUUUUUUUUUCGUCACUUAUUGAUUAUUAUUGUGUGAAAAAUGAGAAUAAAGAUAAUAUUUUUGCAGAAGAAAUGGAAUUUUUGGAUGAAUAUAUUGGAGAAAUUGAUAAAGAAAUUUUAAAAUGCGGUACAACAUCGAUUUUGAAUGAAACUAAUAAGUCUUUUUCUAAGAGUAAUAAUGAGCAUUGUUUAGAAAAUCCUAGUAGAAAUAUUUCAGAUUCUUUAAGAAGUUCAUCGAAUUCUAGCAUAAAUUUUAAGAAAACGACUAAUUCUGAAUUUACUCAAUUAACUGAAAUUCCUACUUCUUUUUGCCAAACAGUAACACCAUUGAGUGAUAAAGCAAAUAUUUCUCUUCAGCCAAAAAGUUCUAAAACAUCUAUAUCUCCGAAAUCUAGCAAUUUUAUUUUAGGAGUAUCUGGUUUGGGUUCUAAAACAAUAUCUCCUACGGAACUUCGAUCUAUUAAAAAUACAUGUGGAUUAUCUUCGAAUUUUGUAGGUAAUGGCGCUUCAUGCACAUAUGCAAAAGGUCUACCAACAAGGUUGUCACUAAUAACUCAAGAUAUGGCUGCGUUAGAUGAUUCUAUCCCCCCUGUACCUCCUAUACCUGAAGGUAUUUCUGAUUAUCAAUAUUCUAAUAUAGGAAUAUCGAAAACUGUGGAUAAAAUAUCUCAAAAAUCCGGGGAUACUCAAAGAAAUAAUGUCAAUGAUUUCUAUACAUUAUCAAAAAAAAAAUCAAGUAUCAAACAAGAAAAAUCUCAAGAUGAUGUUAAAGUUGUUAAUAUCUCUCCAUCAAAUCCGAAUAUUUUUUCAAGUUCGACAUCUAGUAAAAUUGAUUUAAUUGCUUCUGAAAGUAAAAGCCAAGAUAUCUCUAGAGCUUCUUCAAAAACUUUUUCUUCAUCGUCUUUUUUACCUAAGUUUGGUUUUAAAAAGAAUAAAGGCGUGAAAAAAUUUCAUAUUACUUCUACACAAGUUCCUAUUUGUUCUGAAAACUUAAAAUUAUGCUUUUCUGAUGAUCAUUCUCACUCAAACCAUACUAAUUCUAACAAAAAUGCAUAUAAAGGACAAUCGUCUUUGUAUUCUGAUUCUAAGUAUGUUGGUGUUCCAAAAAAUCUUCAAAUUAAAAGUUUUUUUCCCAAAUUAAAACCAAGUUUUGAGUGUUUAAGUAGAAAAAAGUCAAAAAUUAGUAAUCCGGAUUCUCUUUUAAAAUUAGAUAUAUCAAAAAUAUCUCCAGCAUCUAAUUCGUUAGAUGAAGUACAUAAGAUACCUUCUAAAAAUAAAGAGAAUAUUCCAUCUAAUGAAAAUAUUUAUUGUUCAUCAAAGCUGUGCUCUGUUAGUCAGCGUUUAUAUAAUAAUGAAUCAAAUAGGGAUUUAUUGCAAUCAAAUUUUGGCUCUAAUAAGUUACAUAUUGAUGAUAGUGAUAUAAUAAAAGAUGAAUUAAAUAGAUUGAGACUUAAAAGACAGAGGAUUCAGGAAAAUAGGAAACCAUCGGAUUAUCUAUCUGAUGAUAAAAAAUCUUCAAGAUUAGGAGUACAAAGGAAACUUAUAAAUUUUGAUGAUAUUAAAUUAUUUCAUCAUUUAUUAACUUUUUACGAGAUAGGAGAAAUCAACGAUUAUAUGGGGUCUAUCUAUUUUAUUGGUCGGCCAGGAAUAAAGAAAAGAGAAUUUUCAACUUCUGGUGAUAAUGAUCUUGGGUAUGAUGAUUCUAGAGGGGAUUAUAUUAUUGUUAUAGGUGAUCAUAUUGCAUAUCGUUAUGAGAUUUAUAGUAUUCUUGGAAAAGGAAGUUUUGGUCAGGUUAUUAAGUGUUUUGAUUAUAAAAUAGGACAAAUAGUUGCUAUCAAAAUUAUUCGAAAUAAAAAGAGAUUUCACGCCCAAGCGUUAAUUGAGACGAAAAUACUUAGAAAAUUAUCGGAAUGGGAUCCUAAUGAUGAUUAUUCUUUUAUAAAAUAUAUUGACCAUUUUUAUUUUCGCGAUCAUUUGUGUAUUGUUAUGGAGUUGUUGGAUAUAAAUUUAUAUGAGUUAAUAAGAAUAAAUGAUUUUAGAGGGUUUUCUCUUCCAUUAAUUAGAUGUUUUGCAAAACAAUUGCUUCAAAAUUUGGUUUUUUUGAAAAAGCAUGGUAUUAUUCAUUGUGAUUUAAAGCCGGAAAACAUUUUAUUAUCUCAUGAAAUUAAGCCUAAUAUUAAAGUAAUUGAUUUUGGGAGUAGUUGUUUUGAGAAUGAAAGAGUUUAUACAUAUAUACAAUCUAGGUUUUAUAGAUCUCCUGAGGUUAUUUUAGGUCUAAAUUAUGGAAUGUCAAUUGAUAUGUGGAGUUUGGGUUGUAUUUUAGCAGAAUUAUAUACUGGAUAUCCUAUAUUUCCUGGAGAAGAUGAGCAAGAACAACUCGCAUGUAUAAUAGAAGUUCUUGGUAUUCCUGGAAAUUAUUUAAUUGAAAAAAGUUCUAGGAGAAUGUUAUUUUUUGAUUCUUCUGGAAACCCUCGUUUUACUGUUUCUUCUAAAGGAAGAAGAAGAUAUCCUUCUUCUAAGACACUUUCUCAAAUAAUGAAAUGCAAUCAUACAUAUUUUCUUGAUUUUUUAUCUAAAUGUUUAUUAUGGGAUCCAGAAUAUCGUUUAACACCAGAAAAGGCACUUGAACAUGAAUUUGUGACAAAAAUUGAAAACAUUUGAUAUGAUUUGGCAAAACAUUUUUAUAUGUUUUUUUUUUGGAUGAUUU